UGUUUAUGCAAUUAUCUCACGAGGGAGUAGAAUGAUGGAGUGGACCCAAUCGAAGAAGCCCAUGGAGUGUAUGAUGCAAUUCACCUCCUUAAAUUUCAAAACCUAACAACUUUCCGUUUUGCUGCGAAUCUGCGCCUCAUCUGUCUCCCUCACCAUGGGUGCAUACAAGUAUGUUUCUGAGCUUUGGCGCAAGAAGCAGUCAGAUGUUAUGAGAUGCUUGCAGCGAUGGAGGUGCUGGGAGUAUCGUCAGCAAUCUUCGAUUGUUCGUGUCACGAGGCCUACUCGCCCCGACAAGGCUCGCCGCCUGGGUUUUAAGGCCAAGCAGGGUUAUGUUAUUUACCGAGUUCGUGUUCGAAGGGGUGGCCGAAAGAGACCAGUUCCCAAAGGCAUUGUAUACGGGAAGCCAACAAAUCAAGGAGUCACUCAACUUAAAUUUCAGCGAAGCAAGAGGUCAGUCGCUGAAGAGCGUGCUGGACGAAAGUUGGGUGGCCUCAGGGUUCUCAAUUCAUACUGGAUGAAUGAGGAUUCAACUUACAAAUAUUAUGAGGUAAUUUUGGUGGAUGUUGCACACACUGCUAUAAGAAAUGAUCCUAGGGUCAAUUGGGUGUGCAAUCCUGUCCAUAAGCACAGGGAACUGCGUGGCCUCACUUCAGCUGGAAAACAAAACAGAGGCUUGCAGGGCAAAGGACACCGGUACCACAAAGCACGUCCAUCCCGCAGGGCAACCUGGAAGAGAAACAACACUCUUUCACUUCGUCGCUAUCGUUAAUUUUGUUGCCGUCAUUUUAUUUUAUCUUGUUUCACUUUCUGAAUUUAGGAGUUUUCAUGUUUAGAGAAUGUAUUUUUUUCGGAAUAUUGUUUCAGUACUAGAUCAAGGACUAGAGAUCAAGAAUGUAUUUUUUGAUUUUUUUUUCUCUUUAAUUUUGUCCUAGUCUUCUUUGUGCUAUUUGUCUUGCAUUGAUAAUGACCUUUCUAAUUUUAAUGUCAAAUUUUCUAAUA